GGGAACGAGGUCGUCAAAAUCGCCGGACGCAGCCACUGCGACUUCCUCUCUCCCCGCCAAGCCGCACGUGCUUGCUCAUAACCUUGGAAGUGCGGGUAGCUGCACUCACAUCUCACCUCUUGUCGUCUCAAUUCACUGACACCCCUGCCGAGAUCCCACGAAACUCUCGAAAUUCGCAGGUAUGGACGACGAAGGCCCUAAAUGGCGUCUUGAGCAGGCGAGUACUGGCCGCGCAACCUGUAGCCAGGCCGCCUGCAAGCGCAGCCAGAUAAAGAUCGCGAAGGGAGAGCUACGUAUCGGUACUCAUACGCUAUUUGAGCCAGAGGCUAGAUGGUACAUGGCCUGGCGUCACUGGGGCUGUGCGACCAAGCACCAGAUCGCGGGCUUGAAGGAGACCACCGGCAACGACCCGACAAAGGCACCUGGCUACCAGCGACUCAGCCCAGAGAGCCAAGAGCAAGUACGGCUAGCAUUCGAGGGUCAGCCGGUCGACAAGAACUUCAAGGGCAUCCGGGAAGACCUGGCCAGGGACGCUCAGCGAUACGCCAAAGAGUACACUGAUGUCAGCUUCUACAAGGUCGACGUUGCUGGUCGUGCAUGCGCUUGCCGUGGCAGUGACUGCCUGGCCAAGAACGUGAAGAUCACCAAAGGUGAGCUGAGGCUCGGUCUAUCCAUACCGUUCGAUGGCGAGCACGAGAGCAUGGUCUACAAGCACUGGCAGUGCAUGUCAGCAUUCGACUUGGACGAGGUAGUUCGUCGAGCCAAUGAAGACUCAUUCGAUGGCCGUGACUCCCUGCCUACGGAGUUUGAGGAAGUCGUAACCGAGACAUUCGAGACAGGCAAGGUCGUUAAGCCGCCAGCGCCCAAGAUCGAUUCGCGUGCGAAACCAAAGAAGACCCAAGCCCAGAAGAAGAAGGCAAAAGAAGAGGCAGGAGAUGACGCUGCAGAGGCCGCAGAGACCAAAGUCAAGGCAGAAGAUCCGGAACACGAGGUGGGACCACAGCCGAACGUCGCCUAUCCGCCCUCGCCGCCGCUCGAGACGGAUAAGGCACCAAGCACAAGCAAGGUCGGAGGUGUAGUAGAUGCUCAUCGGCCAACUAGUGACGGAUCGACCGUCGGUGUCAAGAUGGAAGAAGAAGGAGUCGACGACGCAGUCAAAGCCAAAGAUGCAGCAGCAGUUCCCAAACCCAAAGUCAAGAAGACGCGAGCGAAGAAGCGUCCUAUCCGAGAGAUGGACGCAAGCGAGGAUGAUCUUGAAUACAUCCCCAAGAAGUCGAGGAGCCGGUCCACUCCGUUCACUGGUUUUGCUGGUCUUGCAUAGCGCGAUGGCAUCCCGAGCGAACAUGCGACCAAGUAGGAGAGCGUGUUGUGGACUGAGAUGACGAAGGAAAUGACAGUGAGGUGAGCUGACUGAACGUGUACAAAGAGUACAUACAUAGCUAGGGCAAUCUAUAGCAAGCUUCUACUGGAUCGCAAUACCCGCGCAAUUGAUCUUGAUGGUCGUGAAAUCGCUGACACCGUCGUGACUGUCAAGCGGCCCGAGGUCGCGUUGACUUCGCUUCAC